AUGGAGAAUGGUCCAACGGACGCUCCUCCAAGCGGAGCCUUGGAGGGCAAGGCCGGCACCAUUACCUCCAACGAGUGGAGCUCUCCUAACUCCCCUGAGGGGAGCAACGUCUCUGGGGGCAGUCAGGCAUUGGACAAGCCCAUUGACAAUGAUGCAGAGGGUGUAUGGAGCCCAGACAUUGAGCAGAGCUUCCAGGAGGCCCUGGCCAUCUACCCACCCUGUGGCCGGCGCAAGAUCAUUCUGUCGGAUGAGGGCAAGAUGUACGGUCGGAAUGAGCUGAUUGCCCGCUACAUCAAGCUCCGGACAGGGAAGACCCGCACCAGGAAGCAGGUCUCCAGCCACAUCCAGGUGCUGGCUCGUCGCAAAGCCCGUGAGAUCCAGGCCAAGCUAAAGGAUCAGGCAGCUAAGGACAAGGCCCUGCAGAGCAUGGCUGCUAUGUCGUCCGCCCAGAUCAUCUCCGCCACAGCCUUCCACAGUAAAAUGGCCCUCGCCCGGGGCCCUGGCUGCCCAGCAGUCUCAGGGUUUUGGCAAGGAGCUUUGCCGGGCCAAGCCGGAACAUCCCAUGAUGUGAAGCCUUUCUCUCAACAAACCUACACUGUCCAGCCGUCACUGCCUCUGCCAGGGUUUGAGUCUCCUGCAGGACCCACCCCAUCGCCCUCAGCGCUCCCCGCACCCCCGUGGCAGGGCCGCAGCGUGGCCAGCUCUAAGCUCUGGAUGCUGGAGUUCUCUGCCUUCCUGGAGCAGCAGCAAGACCCUGAUACGUACAACAAGCACCUGUUCGUACACAUUGGCCAGUCAAGCCCAAGCUACAGUGACCCCUACCUCGAAGCCGUGGACAUCCGCCAGAUCUAUGACAAGUUCCCAGAGAAAAAGGGUGGACUCAAGGAGCUCUUUGAGCGGGGACCUUCCAAUGCUUUUUUUCUCGUGAAGUUCUGGGCAGACCUCAACACCAAUAUGGAGGACGAAGGCAGCUCCUUCUACGGGGUCUCCAGCCAAUACGAGAGUCCCGAGAACAUGAUAAUCACCUGCUCCACCAAGGUCUGCUCCUUUGGCAAGCAGGUGGUAGAGAAAGUGGAGGUGGUCACCAACAGAGACACGCAGGAGACUUUGCUGUGCAUUGCAUAUGUCUUCGAGGUGUCAGCCAGCGAGCACGGGGCUCAACACCACAUCUACCGGCUGGUGAAAGAAUAAGAGACUUGGGGAGCAGGGAGGGGGGAAGAGAUGUUGUGUGUGUAGGGACAUGGGGCAGGGACCUGCAGGGGCAGCCCCUUGAAGUGCCAAGAAAACUGACCCUUCCUAACCAGGAACAAACUGUGCCUGAACCUGCAGUUCCCAACCCCAAAUAAAGCCAAGAUGUAUAUUUUCAGAGGACCCCAUCUGGCUGUAGGAGCCCUGGGAGG